UGGGUAUGGGACAGUACAAUCAUUAGUGGGAGGCUUCAGGGAGAAGGCUGUAGUGACGAGGGAUGCUGUGCUCCAAUGGUGGUGCCCACUAACAUGUUUGAAUGAAUCCCUUUUGUGUAAAGGGCAAACCAGCUAGCGCCUUUCGUGUUCAUCAGAAAGGGCAAUUCUAAAGCCAAAAAGGGUCUUCACUUUUUGACAAAAUGCUGCAGAUGUUGUUUAUGGGUAUGCUCAGAUCUCCAGCAAUGGAAAUGUACAAGGCUUAAUUGAGAAGGAGUCUUCAAAGUCGGUCGAGACGGUUACUUAUAAUAGGAGUCGUCUAAAACCCGUCUCUUUGGUCGUUUCUUUUUGGCCGCCAAUAGAGUUUUGUACUUUUCUCUAGAUAUAGGAUUAGGGUUGAGUUUUGGAUAGGGGAUUUGGUUCUGGGUGGUUUCAGUUUGGUCGAUUUCUUGUUAAUUUCUCGUGAACGAGGAGGAUUGUUACCAGUUAGAUUUCGUGAUCGAGGGUUGAUGGGGAGCAGUAGUUCAAAGAGGACUUCUUUCCGGUCUGCUUCUUCGUCGUCCAGGAGUAAUCACGGCGGCUAUUCGCAAUCGGAUUAUGGUCAAGAAUAUCAAAAUUAUCCGCCGCAACAGCCAUCAUUUCCGAGCUAUGGACCGCCACAGCAGCCAUAUCCGAGCUAUGCACCGCCGCAGCAGUAUCAGAGCCACGAGCCGCCGCAGCAAAACUAUUCCUCUUCUCAAGAUCACGGUGACAAUAGAAGAAGAAGAUUGGAGAGAAUGUAUUCAAGAAUUGCUGAUGAUUAUCGUUCUUUGGAUGAGGUGACUGCAGCUCUUGCACGUGCUGGCCUUGAGUCUUCUAAUCUUAUUGUCGGUAUUGACUUCACAAAGAGCAAUGAGUGGACAGGUGCAAGGUCAUUCAAUAGACAAAGCUUGCAUCACCUUGGAGAUGGGCUGAAUCCCUAUCAACAAGCAAUAUCUAUCAUUGGGAAAACCCUAGCAGCUUUUGAUGAGGAUAACAUGAUUCCAUGUUUUGGAUUUGGAGAUGCAUCCACUCAUGAUCAAGAUGUCUUCAGUUUCUAUGAAGAUGAGAGAUUUUGUAAUGGAUUUGAGGAAGUGUUAAGCAGGUAUAGGGAAAUUGUCCCUCGUCUACGGCUUGCAGGACCGACAUCAUUUGCCCCCAUCAUUGAAAUGGCCAUGACUAUUGUCAAUCACAGUGGUGGCCAGUACCAUGUUCUAGUAAUAAUUGCUGAUGGGCAGGUAACAAGAAGUGUUGAUACUGCACAUGGCCAGCUAAGUCCACAGGAGCAGAAGACUGUUGAAGCAAUUGUAGAAGCAAGCAAGUUGCCCCUGUCAAUUAUUUUAGUUGGGGUUGGAGAUGGGCCCUGGGACAUGAUGAGGGAAUUUGAUGAUAACAUCCCUGCUCGGGCCUUUGAUAAUUUCCAGUUUGUGAAUUUUACAGAAAUUAUGUCAAAGAAUGUGGAUCUAUCUCGAAAAGAGACAGAAUUUGCUCUUGCAGCCCUGAUGGAAAUUCCUUCUCAGUAUAAGGCAACAAUAGAGCUUAAUAUCUUGGGUGGUCGAAAAGGGGAUGUUCCAGAGAGGAUUCCCCUCCCCCCUCCCAUGUACUACGGUGCAGCGUCUUCCUUUAAUAGCUCCAAACCUUCCCGCACAACCAGUUUCCAGCCCAGUGUGCCUCCUUAUCCUGAAGACAGCAGUCCUGUUGGCACAGCUCCUCCUGCUACAAGUUCUACAUUUGAUAACCAGCUUUGCCCCAUUUGCCUUACUAAUGUGAAGAAUAUGGCCUUUGGUUGUGGACAUCAGACUUGUUGUGAAUGUGGACCAGAUCUUGAGACGUGUCCAAUUUGCCGAAGCCCAAUCCAAACCAGAAUAAAGCUUUACUAAGCAGCAUCUCUGCCUUUUUUGGGAAUUUUGUUUCCUGUUGGCCAAAAUUCUUUCUGUUUUCAAUUGGGUCGGUGAUAAUGUUGCUGUCAAUGUACACAUCUACCCUUGUCGUGUGUAUAUAGGAAGAAACGAAGUCACUAGCCUCUUGUACAUUUCUUUUAUUUGGGUUCUAUUCUUUGUUGUUACUAUUUAAAGGCCUUUGAUCCAAGAGUUUGCAUACAAACAAAAGCUAUUCAAAAUGCAGAAAAUAAAGUUUGACCAAUGCAGAAUUACAAACAUUGAUUGAAACAUGCUA